AUGCCGAAUCUACCCAAAUAUGAUGGGACCACAGAUCCUCAGGAGCAUGUGACCUCAUACAUAUGUGACAUUAAAGGGAAUGAUAUGCAGCCAAACAAGAUUGAAUCUGUUUUACUGAAGAAGUUUGGUGAAACAUUGUCUAAAGGGGCAAUUACUUGGUAUUCAUUACUUCCAGAGCAUUCCAUUCGUUCUUUCAAAAUGCUUGCAGAUGCUUUUAUCAAAAUACAUUCUAGAACAAAGAAGGUGUUGGCAAGGAAAGCAAUUAUCUUCAAGAUUGCCCAAGGCGAUGUUGAGUUGCUUUAUGAGUUUCUUAUAAGGUUCCAAAAGGAACAGAUGUUGUUGCCGGCCGUCCCGGUUGAAUGGCCAACAGAGGCAUUUACCAAGGGGUUAAACCCUAGAAGUUCAAGCUCCUCGUUGAAACUGAAAGAAAACCUAUUGGGAUUUCUCGCUACAACAUGGGUGGAUGUUCAUAAUAGGUAUGAAUCAAAAAUUCGAGUGGAAGAUGACCAAUUCAGAUUACCGGAUGAAUCGACUGCCCGGAGUCAGAACCAUGACAGGCUUAGAAGGAAUGUUGAUACGAUUUCAAUUUUGGAAAUAAAGAUACCAACCUCCAAAUCUCCAACAGUUGAUUCAGUUACCAACAAUAUUGAAAAUCUAAGGUUAUCAGAAUAUAAUUUCAAUGUUGAUUUAGUAAAGUUGGUCGCAACAAUAAGCAAGAUUGAUGGUGCGAAGCGGCCCAGACUAAUGAGAUCAGAUCCCAGCCAGAGGGAUAUGAACUUAUUUUGCAAUUAUCAUAGAACCCAUGGUCAUUGGAUCAGUGACUAUAGGCAACUCAGGGACGAGGUUGCACGGUUGUUAAAAGAUAGUCACUUAAGAGAAUUCUUAAGUGAGAGGGCCAAGGAUAAUUGUGGAAAGAAUAGGGACUUAGCUAAGCAAGAGGUUCAGACCGAACCACGCCAUGUGAUCAAUAUGAUAACUGACGAGCCCAUGCAAAUCAAGGAAAUUUCCCUGGUUAAAAAGGAAAAGUUGCCAGGAAUAAACAGACAGAGAGCUCUGAAGUUUGAGUAG